AUGACGACCAGACUAAGGCACCGACCACAGGUUGAAGAAGAGGAUGCAUCGGCGCUGAAGCUUGGACCAGAGUUCAACAAUGCCGGUUGUCUACUCAUUUCCGAGGUCAAAUAUCUUCUCGAGAACAGGGACAAGGAUGCCCCAGAUACUGCAGUGUAUAACAAAACAUUAGACUAUGUGAAAACAUUCACGAAAUUCAACACCACGGACUCCGCAAGUGCUGUUCGCGAGACCCUGCGACGGGAGCCAGCCCUGACUCAGUUCGAGACCGCACAAAUUGCCAAUCUAUGUCCUGCGACGGCAGAAGAGGCAAAGAGUGUUAUUCCGAGUCUCGUCAAAAUCGACGACGAUCGGCUCCAAGCCUUAUUGGAUGAAAUUCAGACGAUGCGGAAAUUCCAGUCUUAG